AUGACGGAUCCGACGACCCAGGAGUCCUACCCUGUCCCAGACCCGGCGAUCGUGGAUCCCUCCUCAGCGGCGGUGCGGAAUGGCCAGUGCGCUCCUGAUGUCCUCGCCAACAAUCACCACCCAUCCAAACGAGGCAGCCAGCCCGACCCCUUCAACACGGGCCAAGAGAUGAAGAUCACCGACAGUGUGGAGGGGGAAGGCCUCCUGGAGAGCAGCAUGCGUCUGAAGCCUCACGAGGCUCAGAGCUACAGGAAGAAGGCUCUCUGGGUCUCCUGGAUCUCCAUCGUAGUCACACUCAUACUGGCCGUGGCCGCUUUCACGGUUUCAUUCAUGAGACACAGCGCCUCAGCCUUUGGAUUUGCAUUUGAUGCCACGCUGGACGUCCUGUCAUCGGUCAUCGUCCUGUGGCGCUACAGCAAUGCAGCCGCCGUGCACUCCGCACACAGAGAGUACAUUGCUUGUGUGGUCUUGGGAGUUGUAUUCGUGCUGUCUUCCAUGUGCAUCCUGGGAAAAGCCAUCCAUGACCUGGCUACCAAACUACUACCGGAAGUGGAUGACUUCCUGUUCAGUGUGUCCAUUGUCAGCGGGCUUAUGUGUGUCGUACUGGCCGUGCUCAAGUUCAUGCUGGGAAAAGUACUGACCAGCCGGGCGCUCAUCACUGACGCGUUUAACUCCCUGGUCGGUGGUAUUAUGGGGUUCUCCAUCCUGAUCAGCGCUGAGGUCUUUAAGCACCACCCUGAUGUCUGGUUCCUAGAUGGCACCAUAGGGGUUCUCAUUGGACUCAUCAUUCUGGCAUACGGCGUCAAACUCCUGAUGGAUAUGGUGCCUCGCGUGAGGCAAACCAGGAACUACGAGCGCUUUGAGUGA